AUGGCCAAGUCUGGCUUGGAGCCCUGGAAGGAAGCCGUAGUUCAUCCUCCAGGCAGCUACAGCAGUAGCAGCAACAGUGGAGACUGGGGCUAGGACCUGAUCAGCAGUCAGUCUUCUCCACCAUCCCCACUAUCCCCUAAGCCAGCCCACUUUCUGUUUGGGGAGGCCACACUGGGAAAAUCCCCUCUAGGCUCUCUUUAGAUCCUGUUCCAGUGCCUAUGGAAGAGCUGUGGGAAGGUGCUUGCAGUGUCUAGGAUGCAGAGACAUAUCCACUUGGUGCACCUGGGCAAGAGGCAGGCAGAGCCAGAGCAGAGUGAUGGCAAGGACUUCAAUUACACGGAGCUUGAUGUUGGCAUGAGCAUGCUGCUUGGCAGUCUGAUCCCAGUGUCUCCUAUCGUCUCUGUGCCACUUACCUCUCCUCAUGUGGAGCUCCCAGAGUUGCUGGAGCCCCCAGCUCUUCCCAAUCUGUUACAGCCCUUAACUUCGUCUCUACCUCCCAAGCCCAGCUGUUCAGCUGUUCCACAGGCAUGCCACGGUGAUCACGCCUAUCAGCCAAGUGAGGUGGUAAAGGUCUCAGCUGACAAUUCUUCAUGCCUCCUGCAUGUCCCCUCUAGAAAGCCCUGGGUUGGUGCCAAAAGUGCCGGAAAGAAAGUGUAUGGCAUGGACCUGUGGUGCUCAGCUUGCUGCUGGAAGAGAGCCUGCUAGCAGUUCCUGGACUGA